AUGAGCAGCGACUUCCUGGCCGAGCUGCACUGGGAGGAUGGCUUCGCCAUCCCCGUGGCCGAUGAGCACAACAAGGAGUUGGAGGCUACGCUGCUAAAGAUGCAGAAUGACAGGGCAGCCCUGCAAGAGCAGCUUUCAGACUAUGAGGAGAGAAUCAACGCCAUGAAGUGUCAUUUGAAAAAUGUCAAUCAGGAGUUUACGUUCACCCAGUCUCUUUACAGAGCCAGAAAAAAUGAGAUUAACACGGAAAAACACUUAAAGGCUAUUGCUUUGAGAGAAAUGGGACGAGUGGGUGAUGAGAUUCACCGAAUAGAAAAAGAAAUGGCUACAAUCAGAGAAAGGAAAGCUGAAAGGGAAAAUAUCAUAUUCAAAACCUCUCAAAAACUGGAGUGUUUGAGGUGUCAGAUGAACUGGGAUCAGCAAGCUCUGGAGGCUUGGUUAGAGGAAUCAGCUCAUAAAGAUAGUGAUGCAUUUGCUCUCCAGAAGUACACACAACAAGAUGACAGCAAAAUCAAGGCUCUAAUCCUACAAAUCGAGAGGCUGACGGUCGAGUGCAACGAGAAACGAAGGACACUCGACAAUGAGCUCACUGAGACCAUGUCUGCUCAGAUCGAGCUGGAUAAAGCAGCACAAGAUUUUCGAAGGGUUCACAGUGAAAGGCAAGAACUCAUCAAACAGUGGGAAGGUACAAUAGAGCAGAUGCAAAAAAGAGAUAAAGACAUCGAUUGUUGUGCAUUGUUAUUAGCAAAGGCAAAGCAGGAGUUAAGAUCUAAAGAAAUCAUGAUUAAGGAAAAGAUCAAGUUCUUGGAGAGUGAGGCAGAAAACAAUGCAGAAUAUGAGAAGAAAAUCACGCUUGCUGAUCGAAAAGCUUUGAAACUUCGAUUGGAUUAUCAAAAUUGCGAAACCAAUCGGCUGCAGCUCCAGGAUGAGCUGGACACUCUCAAAGCCACGGUGACUAGAACAUCAAGUGACCUGGAAGCCAUUCGGAGAGAGGUGAUGAGUAUGAAGAAAAGAAUUCAGGAAAAAAAUGACAAGCUAAAAGAGACUCGGGAACAGAAUGAAAUGCUCAGCAAAAAGCUAAAAGAGACCACGGAAAAAACUAUGAGUGUGGAAGAGAAAGCUGCCAGAAUGGAAAGGAUGCUAAAAGAGGAGGAAAAAGUCAUCAGGGAUGUGGAAUCUCAUUUGAGUAGAAUAAAGGAAGUGCUUUUCAAGAGUAUGGAGAAGUUGAAAACUGCGACGUGUGAGGAGAAGUCUGUUUUAUCUGAAAUUGAGGGAACCCGCUCCUCCCUUAAAAACCUCAACCGCCGCUUGUACAAACUCGAUUUGGAAACCCUGAAGCAACAGGAGAUCAUGUAUAAUCAGGAUUUUUACAUUCAACAAAUAGAGAGACGAAUGUCACGGCUCCAGGGAGAACUUAAUGUGGAGGAAAAGAUGGUCCUUGAAACAAAACUUAUUGAUCUUAGAAAUACUUUUGAAGAGAAGAAAAGUUCAUCGGAACUAUUAGAAAACCAGAUCAAGAAGCUCGAUAAUGACCUCUAUUUUCUCAAGAAGGCAACAUAUAAAACUGGUGAAGAAAAAAAUGGUCUUUUGAACAAAAUAAGUGAACUCACUCUUUUCGUUGAACGAUCAGAAAAAGAAUUGCAGAAAGCCAAAAACCUGAAACAGGACUUGUUGAUCGAAGACAAUCUUCAGAAGCUAGAAAUGAAACGUCUCCGAGAACUGCUCCACUCUAAAGCAGAUGAAGUCCUUUCCCUGGAGAAACGAAAGCAGCAGUUAUAUACCGCGAUGGAAGAGCGUACUGAAGAAAUCAAGGUUCACAAAGCAAUGCUUUCAUCUCAGAUCAGAUAUGUGGACCAAGAACGGCAGAGCAUCAGUGCCGAAUUUCACGACCGACUAAGUCAUAUUGAUAAACUGAAGAACAGAUAUGAACUUCUUACAGUUGUCAUGAUGCCUCCUGAAGGGGAAGAGGAGAAAACACAAGCCUACUAUGUGAUAAAGGCAGCACAAACCAAGGAAGAGCUUCAGCGUGAAGGCGACAAUCUGGAUGCCCAGAUACACAAAGCCGAGAAGGAGAUCUAUGCCCUAGAAAACACGCUGCGUGUGCUGAAUACCUGUAACUCCAACUAUAAACAAUCCUUUAAGAAGAUCACUCCCACAAGUACUGAAUAUGAAAUAAAAAUUAAACUGGAAGAACAAAAAAGAAACGUGGAUGAAAAAUACAGAUACAAGCAAAGACAAAUCAGGGAACUCCAGGAGGAUAUCCAGGUAAAGGCUAACAAUGGUGAUUCCCAUUUGCAGGUGCUUUCUCCACAGAAGCCCUGGGACCUGGUCACUGCACCUGGCAUGUUAAUACUCUGCAUCCUACAGAGCAUGGAAAACACUCUGGAAGUCUUGAAAAAUCUGAUCAACAAUUACAAAGAAAGGUAUGCCGAGAAGCAGGUUUAUGCGAUUGAAUUAAACAAAGUCACCGAGGAACAGAAGCCCAAGAUGGAGAGAGCCAAGAGACAGUGCACUAAACUCACCAAAGAGCUCCGCCUGGUCAAGAAAACCGAAGAGCCGACUCUAGAAGAGUACGACAUCAGUCUUCGAGAAAUCAAAGACUAUAACAAGUCCAUUGACAAGUUGUUGGUUGAGGCUUCAGAAGAAAAUCCUGAGUUAUGUGGCAUUUUCCAAACAUACUUUCAACAGGUGGGUUUGGAACUACCAACAGCAAGUACUACAAGCAGCCGCCGCAUGUCUAGGUCUUCUUCUCAGAGUUCGCUAUCAGCAAGGUCAACAAAGACUGUUGGAAAUGCUGCCCCAGUUUCACCCAAAGUUGUGCAGCUAGGCUUGCAAAUCUCUUUACCACCGAGUCCAGUCAGUCCAGCUAGCUCCAGUAGUGGUAAAAGCCAAAAGUGACAUUUUUUUUAGCUCCAGGAUGAAUUCAUAUUUAAUAAUGUUUUUGAAUGUUAA